UAGUUUGCUAACACCUGAUCUAUAGCAUCUGGACCCACAGAUUGAAACAUAGUGGGCAGAAUGGUCCCCAGGCCACAGUAAGAAACCAAGCGUAUAAAGGUUUGGCAUGAGAGAAUUCCAUUCUGGUUCACAAAGAAAUUAGAGCAUACAUUUCUGCCAUCCAGAGAAGCCUGUGUAGCUGGGCUACCUGAAAAAAGCUACUGGCCUGCCCUGCAGUCCUCUAUUUCUUAUGCUGUGGGCUCUGGAAGGCAGGGACUGACGGGAGUUGCUUAGGCAUUUCAGAAAGUCAUUCUGGCACCCUCAGAACACUCAUGGGAUUUUCUGCAGCAAGAGCCCUGUCUGGUCCAUAUCUUGGCAGCUUAGGGCUCCCUGGGUUUUCUUUGUCGGGCCUUGGUAUUUCUCAAGUGGAGGGAAAGACAAUAAACAUUGAAAGCAAGAGUACAGCAGAGUCAUUUUCAUAGCCUCUCAUGGUUUCUACUAUAGGAGAAAAAUGGGACUUGGGCUGCUCACAGGCAGGAUAAUCAACACCUGACUCACUGGAAGCAUCGCUAAUCUGCCUCCUCCAGAGGAAAGCUGUGCUGUCCCCUUGUCAGCAGGGCAGUUGCAUGAAUUGGUACUCCCUGAGCCCAGCUUUGAGAUGCUCUUUGUGUCCCACCCAUGAAUUGACAGUGAGUAGGGCCUGGGCCUUCUGCCCUCCCCCACCAAAGUGGUAUCUGGCACCAAUUCUGGCCCAGUCAUUUGUGAUCCAUGGCUCUUGUGAUAUGCCGAAGAUUUCCAGGCAGUUUCUGUGGAAUGCCUUCUCCUCCAGCUCUAAUCAAGAACCAUGUAAACAAGAAAUUGCUUGGUCAAACCAGUGAGGACUGUGUUCUGACUGCCAAAAUGAUCAGUUCUGACACCAGAAUGGCAGCCACUCUCAAGCUGUUAAAACCUUUAAGAUAUCGAGCUUUUUGCAAUCCUUUUACCUACAUUGCAACCCAAAGUGUGGCAUGUUGGAAUAUGAGAAGCUGCACAUGGCGCAAAGGACAGGACUCUCCAGAAAACAGCCUCUGCCAUCCUGCCAAAAAAGUUAACAUUUGUAGCACUUCUGCUUCUGGGAGAAUUCUGACAAUUAGCAGUACCCUCCCCGGUUUGGAAUUCAGCAGGGCUUCUGCCUCUAAGGCCAGCACGUUGAAGCCGGGCUCACCCAGGGCCAUGAGAGUUGAUGAAGAGGAUGUAGAAACUUUUGAUUCCUUUGAAGACCCUCGAGUUUUCCUACAGCUAAGACCAGAAUACCAGCUUCACAGCUAUAACAGGUCUGAGACUUGUCAGCCCCUGUCUGUUUCAGAAGGUGAACUAAUUUUGCACAAAGUCACAGUUUAUCAAGAUAAUCUCCAGCCUCAAAUUAUUGCUGACUAUUUUUGUAAGCUGAGCUCUUUGCCUGCAGAGCAGCAUCCUGUUUUGCUGUCCAGUGCCAGCUUUGCUCUGCUCUGCCAGCUGAGUGUGAAAAACAUAAAUCUCUUUGAUGCCCCAGAUCUGAUCAGUAUUUUGAAAGCCUUUGUCAGUUUAGGAAUUCCUCAUUCCCAUUCAAUGCUAGAUGUGUUUGAAACCAAAUUUUGCCAUAAGGUAUGGGAGGUGAGUCUGGAUCAACUUCUCUUGGUGGCUGACCUCUGGCGGUACUUGGGCCGCAGAGUACCUCGGUUUUUAAAAAUCUUUUUUAGUUAUCUUAAUUUGCACUGGAAAGAGCUAUCCUUGUCCCAGCUGAUUCACUUAAUUUAUAUUAUAGGUGAAAGUCGUCAGGCACCCCAGGACCUAAUGAAAAAAUUGGAAUCAUUAAUCCUCAAGUAUAUAGAUUUGAUUAAUUUAGAGGAGGUUGGUACAAUCUGUUUGGGGUUUUUUAAAUCUAGUAGUAGUCUCUCUGAAUUUGUCAUGCGGAAAAUUGGAGACCUGGCUUGUGCUGACAUGCAGCAUCUGAGUAGUUAUGCCUUAGUGAAUAUUCUUAAAAUGUUCCGUUUCACUCAUGUGGAUCACGUAAAUUUCAUGAAGCAGUUUGGACAGAUUGCUCCUCAGCGAAUUCCUUCCCUGGGAGUUCAAGGUGUCAUGCACCUGACUCUUGCCUGCUCGGCCUUACACAUCCUGGAUGAAGGAGUAAUGAAUGCUGUAGCUGCUUCUUUGCCUCCUAGGGUAGCAUACUGUCGAAGUAAAGAUGUUGCCAAGAUUCUGUGGUCAUUUGGAACUCUGAAUUAUAAGCCACCUAAUGCAGAAGAGUUUUAUUCUAGCCUGAUAAAUGAGAUUCACAGAAAGAUGCCUGAGUUCAACCGAUACCCAGAACACCUGCUCACCUGCCUGCUGGGCCUGGCAUUUUCUGAGUACUUUCCAAUAGAGCUCAUAGAUUUCGCUUUGAGUCCAGGGUUUGUCAGGUUAGCUCAAGAGAGAAGUAAGUUUGAGGUCACCAAGGAGCUUUAUACUCUUGAUGGUACAGUUGGCAUUGAGUGUCCACAUUACAGAGGCAAUCGUCUUAGUUCUCACCUUCAGCAAAAGGCAUUGGAAAUGCUGUGGAAUUUAGCAAGGAAGGAUAUGAACUCAAAGCCUGAAUUCCUAGAAGCUCUCUUUUUACUUGAGACCAUGUUGGGUGGGCCCCAGUAUGUCAAACACCAUAUGAUUUUGCCUCAUACCCGAUCUUCUGAUUUAGAGGUUCAGCUUGAUGGUAACAUGAAGCCAUUACCUUUUAACAGAGAAGCCACACCAACUGAAGAUGUAGCCAAAUUAAGGCUUAAGCAUGUGGGAAUCAGCCUUACAGAUGAUUUGAUGAAUCAGCUACUAAAAGGGAAAUCAGGAGGGCAUUUGCAGGGGGAAACUGAGUCAGACAGUGGGCAGCAGCCCAUGAAAUUAGAGGAGGAGGCGGCCAUACCUAUGGGGGGCUCCCUUUUCAAUACGGCAGACAGAUUGGAGGCCAUGGAGAUGGCUGGCCUGUGUCCCCCGGCCUGCAGGCAGGUCCCACAAGUGAAGCUGGCUAUUCAGUUAACAAACAAGAACCAGUAUUGCUAUGGUUCCAGGGAUCUGCUUGGACUACAUAAUAUGAAGAGGCGGCAGCUGAAUCAGCUUGGAUACCAUGUGGUGGAGUUAUCUCACUGGGAAUGGCUCCCACUACUGAAACGAACUCGCUUAGAAAAGCUGGCCUUUCUCCAUGAGAAAGUGUUCACCUCUGCUCUCUGAAGGGCCUUCAGGGUCAUUUCUAGUCAUAAAUGCUGUAGAUGUGCACUGUGCCAGGUGUUGUGAAACAGUUAUAAAAGCCAGAAUGUAGAUUUGGUAAUAAAAUCAUCUGUUGAGGAGACUUGGUUGUGUUCUUGUCUGUGGCAGAUAGAAGCUAGCAUGCGUUAGUUACUGUGAAUUAAUUGUAACCUGGUUCAGUUGUAUAAGUUUCUGUUAAUUUGUGCAGGUAAAUAAUAAACAUCUUAAAAUGUCUUAUGGUCAAGUAACUCCU